AUGGCUAUUAAGAUGGCUUGGCAGCGGAAGGCUGCAGAGCGUUAUCGUGCACUGAUGUGUAGUUUGAGAAAAGGCAAGGAGAAGACCAUGCAUGUGAGUGAUUCUGCAUGGAAAUUAUGGACAGAGGCAUGGAAUUCACCAGAUUUUAAAGCUCGAGUGAAAAAUUUGCUGCAAAUAGGCUCAGUGAGACUGGAGGACAUGGAUGUGCGAUUGAAGCUUGGCCGUGAGCCUUUACCGUAUGAGCUUUUUAAAGUAACGCAUACUAAGAAGGGAGCUUCAGAGCUCAUUGAUGCACGAUCCCAGAGCAUUCAGGAUCGUUAUUUAGAGCUUAUGGAGCAAGCAUCCCAAACACAAGAAGGUCACGGUGAGCCUCCCAUUGUGGAUGAAGCAGCUGUCUAUUAUGAAGCUGUGGGGGGAGAAAAAAAGCGCAGGGUAUACGGAGUAGGAUCACAAGGAUCUGUUUUUUAUCCCCAGAUAUCUCAAAGCUUGUCUACCGGUACAUCAUCAAAGGCAGUAAAUAAUGAGAUUAGAGAGCUGCAGCAGACAGUUGUUUAG